AUGGAUGCGCAGGGCUAUGUACGCGUGUAGGCUUAGCUAGCCUCGAAACAUAAGAACCCCACCCAAACCAGGGCGGAUUCUUCCUUCCUAGGGUUAGGUUUUUUUCAGAGGGGGUGGAAAGCGUUGCGAAGUUUGGCAGCCGUAACCCUAGACCCUUAGUAGGAGUAUAGAAAUGGCGGUUCCAUUGCUGACGAAGAAGAUUGUGAAGAAGCGUGUAAAGAAGUUCAAGAGGCCCCAGAGCGACCGCAAGGUCUCUGUGAAGCCAAACUGGCGUAGACCCAAGGGUAUUGAUUCUCGUGUGAGAAGGAAGUUCAAGGGAUGUACUUUGAUGCCCAAUAUUGGUUAUGGUUCUGAUAAGAAGACCCGCCAUUACCUGCCUAAUGGGUUCAAGAAGUUUGUGGUGCACAACGUUAAUGAGCUUGAAUUGUUGAUGAUGCAUAACAGGACUUACUGUGUGGAGAUUGCUCACAAUGUGUCCACAAGGAAGAGGAAAGCAAUUGUGGAGCGAGCUGCACAGCUGGAUGUUGUUGUUACUAACAAGUUGGCGAGGUUGCGCAGCCAGGAGGAUGAAUGAGCAGCUUUGUCUUAAUCUGCAACAAGCUGCUUCUAGUCUGCAAAUUUUGGUGUUGGAUUGCUGUCUCUUAAAUCUCUAGUUUAGUUCCCUGAGAUUAUCUGCAUGAAUUCACUGUGCACAGUUCUUUUAGUGUUAUGGUAUUUUUAAUGCUGGAUGCCUGUGGUUUGCCUGCUCUGCCUCCAAUACUCGUGAUGCAGGGAUAUGCCCUAUGAGAUGUGCAAGAUGGUUUGAAGGGGUAAUGUUCUAAGCUAUUUUUGCA